UGUCCAAUGAGGACGCAGGAGCUGUGCUUGGGGCGGGGCCUGGCGUGUAUUCGAAACGAAGGCGGUGGCUGCGGGAAGAUGGCGGCUCAGCUGCUUCGGCAUCGCUCGCAUUGUGCAACGCCGCCCCGGGGUGACUUUUGUGAUGGCACUGAGAGGGCGAUUGACGAAGCUUCUUCUACGACUUCCAUGGAGUGGGAUACGCAGGUGUUGAAGGGGUCCUCGCCGCUCGGCCCCGCAGGGCUGGGGGCUGAGGAGCCGGCCUCCGGCCCGCAGCUGCCGUCUUGGCUGCAGCCUGAGAGGUGCGCUGUGUUCCAGUGCGCACAGUGCCACGCAGUACUCGCCGACUCGGUGCACCUCGCCUGGGACCUGUCGCGGUCCCUCGGGGCCGUGGUCUUCUCCAGAGUUACAAAUAACGUCGUUUUGGAAGCGCCCUUCCUAGUUGGCAUUGAAGGUUCACUCAAAGGCAGUACUUACAACCUUUUAUUCUGUGGUUCUUGUGGGAUUCCCAUUGGUUUCCAUCUGUAUUCUACCCAUGCUGCCCUGGCUGCCUUGAGAGGUCACUUCUGCCUUUCCAGUGACAAAAUGGUGUGCUAUCUCUUAAAAACAAAAGCCAUAGUAAAUGCAUCAGAGAUGGAUAUUCAAAAUGUUCCUCUAUCAGAAAAGAUUGCAGAGCUGAAAGAGAAGAUAGUGCUAACGCACGAUCGCUUAAAAUCACUAAUGAAGAUUCUGAGUGAAGUGACUCCUGACCAGUCCAAGCCAGAAAACUGAUCCUGUACCAAAGCUUGAAUGUUAGGUUCAGGCUUUAUUGCUGUCUUCAACAACAGUUGCUGCUUAGUCAUUUCUUGAAAAAGAUUGGCUUCAAGAAUGGAGGGGAAAUGCAGUUUCUAUUUACCUUUAGGCUCAUUUUCCAAAUUAUUUGUGAAGCUGUUUUUAGAAGAUGAGAAACUAAGGAUUCUUCUCUUUUAUAGCUAUUUGCCUUAAGAACUUACUUUAGAUUCUUAUUGAAUUCAUAAUACUUAUCUCUGAAAAUGUCUUUGACUGUAAAUUUAGGAAUUAAGAUACAAAGUCCCAUGUGUCCUCUGAUCUAAAGUUGCAUGGUUGGUCUGAAAAUAGAGUUGGGCUUAAUGUUGACUUCUAUUACUCCUACGUGGAGCAGUUGUUAUGAAUACUAAUAAAUCAUUUUCUAACUUAUGUAAAAUACAGAUCACAGUAUUCCAUAGGUAAUGUUUAAUAAAUUGCCUGAAUAAUAUACA